AUGGCAUGUCUCAGCGAAUCUGACGUGGAGAAGCUCUUCUCGGGAGCACCUCAGUUCUUCGCCCGUUCCGAGGGCCACUUUACCGGUGCCCCUCACCCGUCCGUUGCCUUUCCAUGGGAUGAGACGCUCGAGAUUCGAGACCUCUGCGACCGCGUGCAGGUCGAGGAUGCCGCCUGGAGCAGCAUCACCGCCUGGCCGCACAUCACCCGUGAUGCCCGCCGCGACUCCCUCGCCCGCCGCGACUCCAAUGCCUCGACGUCCAGUGUCAAGAGAAAGCGCGCCCACUUUUACCCGCGAUGCCGUGAGCGGCCUAAUAUGCUCAGCAUGCAGGGGCUCGAGAAGGGGACCAUGGGCUACCAGGCUGCGCUCGAGAUCUCCGUCGCCGAUGCCCUGCAGGAGGAGCAGUUUGGAUUUGACAGCGUCGGCCACAAGGCCAAAGCCAUCAUGGAGCAGCGCCAAAGAAUGUUGACGUCCAAGGACGGACUGCGUCAUCUCGAGGAGUCGGCUAUCCUGGACCAGCUCAUCAAGAACAGCGACCGGUACAUGACGGAACGCAUCCACAAGAACAUCUCAAGCACCUUGUACAACGAGCUCUUUCUCGGCAUCCUGCAUCCGCCCACGCGAGUCGUGGAUCAUCGAGAUCCCUAUAGCCUCUCCGUCCAGAUCCAGGCCCUGCUGAAGGUGCUGGCCACGCCCAACGUGUGGACUGACUUCUCUCACGUCGAGUGGAGGAUCCGCUUGGGCCAAAUUCUGUGGGGCUCGUAUGAGGGGGAUGAUGUCGAGACGGACGUCGAGAUUGAGGAUGCCGAGACCAACGACGAGAGGAAGGAGGAGCGCUACUGGCUCCUUUUACAAAUUUUGCUUGCCUGCGAGCUCCUGAUCCGUCUCGAUGCCAUCACCGAAGGCGAGGAACUUGGCAUCGAAUCCAUCAAGCCUACCGAAAUCCAUCGCUUUGAAAAGGAUGCAACUCCCUCAGUCAAAUGGUCGAUGCAUUUAGCCCGGGCCUGGCUCGACAACAUUCAAGUAGUUGAAACAGAGGUCGACGCUGCUGCUGCUGCAGACAACGAACGGCACCAUCUGAGUGGGUGGCUGGCUUCCUUGACGGGCAGAAUGACCAUGAACCAUGGCGGGCACGCGCACGCACAUGGGGGCAAGAUGACAGUCUAUACCAUUCAGGGCCGGCAUGCUCAGCGUCAGGUUGACGGGCUGACGCACUUCGCAAGGAAGCUGCGGUGGCCGGACGUGGAUUCGUAUUCAUCGCGUAUCAAAGAGAAUGUGAGCAAGGCCUCGGAAGCGACCGCCAUCCACACGCCCGUGGAAGAAACCCCGCUCAGCAUUGACACGAAACGAUCCUCGUAUUUUGGUGGCGGUCGCGCAGAAGCCGACGUGGCUCGCCAUCCAUCGAGACGACGCAAGAUUUCUGCCGCUCUACACCCUUCUGGUUGGCUGUCCAAGUCGUACGUUUCUGGUCUGAUGUUGCCUGGCGAAGGCAUGUACCACCUGAUCAUGGCAACGCUACUGGAAAACGAUCAGGAAGCCAUGGACAAGCUCGGGCCCAUGGCCAAUCUCUGCGGUGGAUUCGUGUACUGCGGCAAGAGUUUCUGGAGCACAGCGUGCGUCGUCGGUCGUGUUCUGGCUGCGGGCAGAGGCUCCGCCGAGUGCAUGGGCUGGAUCUCGAGCGACAUUGUACCUGAAGGCUUGGGUAACGGCUGGCUGAACAUUGACGUUGAAGAGAUUCCCGAGGACGUCAAGAACACGGGGAAAAAGGCGAGACUCUGGGGCAAGACGUACAUUGAGCGACAGUCAUCUGUGCUUGGUGACACUGACCCAUCGUCCGUUUUGCCUGCCGAUUUCAUCAUUCCCAGCGAAAGCGGCUACAGUGAGCCGCCGCCUGCCAUGACCGUCGAGCUCCGAUCCCUCAAUCUGUACGCGCCUGUGGACUCUGUGAGCACGACGCCCACCGAGUCUGAUAUGGUGACACCAUUUUCUGAGAAUGGCGCUCCCCCGAGGCUGCACACAUACCCAUCAUCGAUUACCUUCUCGGUCGGCUUGCUGGGAGGUGACACUCAGGAGUAUAAUUUCGCUCUGUCCAAAGACGUAUACUUUGUCACGGCGCACCCAUGCGUUCCAUCUGCUCGCGUCAAGGUCGUGAGGUCUCCGUCUAGCCCGACUAUCCAGCAGAUUGAUGUCUCGGGAGAGACGUACACAAACAAGGCCUACAGUACCACCCACACUCUUGGCCAUCCCCUUCACAAGUACUAUACCUACACCCUCAUUCAUCUGUCGGAACUGCUCACUAGGAUCGCGACAUCUAGUCUUGAGGAGCUCCUCCUGACGACCGCCUCUGUUCGCCGACCGUCAUUAACUCCGGCGACGACAACUGACAGGACUCCUCGUGUCCUUGUCAUUGACUGUAUCACGGGGGUCAUGCAGCCUUCGCAUUCGGCAUCUGACGCGCCUCUGUCACCCACGUCUCCGGUCAUGGAACGUGGACAGGGCAAUUUCAUGGCCUUGGCAAAAAUGCAUCUCGAGUCGAGGAGAAGGCAGUUUGGCAGCGAUAUGGAGAUUCUCGUCCGGGCGCUAUGUGCGGAGAUGGGUUGGAAUGCUCUAAUAUCUCGCCGGCGCCGGGGUUGUCUUGCAUGUGCCAUUCGAGAAGCCGGAGCAUUGGGUUGGAAAGUCAUUAUUCGGGUUGACUGA